AUGUCUAGCCUCACAGCAAAGAAGAGCGCGCCAAGUGGCAUUCAAGCCGAGGAAACAAAAUCUGCAUCCGAGACGGGAGUCACGAUAGCUGGAAACUCGGACUCGCAUAUCUCGGCUGCAAAUGCAAUCACACAGACACCGCCGGGGACGGCAGUCGUGGCCGCUACUUCCCAAGUCUUGCCUGGCGACAGUGCUCAGUCCACCCCCUUGAAUGCGGGUCAGCCGAAUAAGAAGGGACCCGCGAAGUUAUCACGUAAGGAAACUGCUGGGAAAGAUGUUAAAGAUGCGAAACCUCGCCCCAACCCGGCGACGCCCUCGGAGCCGGCAAUCGAUCCUUUGUCCCAUCAUAUCUUUGUGAGGACCAACACUGAUCGAGCUAUUCCGCCAAAACUCCGUGGACCUGGCAGGCCUGACAGUCCUGCCAAUGAGUCUCUCCCACGACCUAGUUCCGACCUCGCUGCGAAACAAGCUCCGCUGCACCCUGAACAUCUUCGAGACAGGAGAAAGCCCGCCUCAUUCCUCAGCCGAUUGAGCAUGAUUGGAAACAAGAAGAGAGGGGAUGACAUGGACGAUGGCGCCUCCGAAAUUAGCGAUAUGCGCACCGAGGGCGCUAAUGCGGUCGCUUUCAGUUCGGAUAUUGACUUUAACGGCUACAUUCCACGACACAAAGAACCGCCGCGCUACAUUAGAGUGAGAACACAUCACAAGAAGGAAAAGGAGUUUAAUCGCAUGUUCCUUGCGCAAGAGCUUGUUGGUACCGAGGCCCCCCAAGAAGAUGAUGGUGAAAAUCCUGCUAUUAAUGGAGCACCCGUACAGCCGGUACGGGGCUUUGGACGGAAAGAUCUCAACCCGGGCGGUCCCAUAUGGGCCAUGGAGUUCAGCAAAGAUGGAAAGUAUCUGGCAACUGCAGGGCGAGACAGGAUUGUGAGAGUUUGGGCAGUGAUCGCGACUCAGGAAGACCGCAAGGCGUACGAGGAAGAAUCCGUGUCUGCAGAUGUUGGCGCAGGUGAAAGGCUUAGCGCGCCCGUCUUCCGGCCACGGCCAAUUCGUGAAUUCUCAGGCCAUACGGGCGAGAUCCUCGAUCUGAGCUGGAGCAAAAACAAUUUUCUGCUGUCCUCGUCGAUGGACAAGACUGUCCGUCUAUGGCACUUGAGUAGGGACGAAUGCCUUUGCACCUUCAAGCAUAAAGACUUUGUUACCUCGAUUGCUUUCCACCCUAGGGACGACCGGUUCUUCCUGGCCGGAUCAUUAGACUCCAUUCUCAGACUGUGGAGCAUCCCAGACAAGUCUGUGGCCUUUUCAAGUCAAAUAGCCGACUUGGUUACUGCCGUUGCAUUUUCUCCCGACGGCAAGACAUGCAUAGCUGGGUGUCUAAACGGUCUCUGUACCUUUUACGAGACGGAGGGAUUGAAGUUUGAGACACAGAUGCAUGUUCGCUCAUCUCGAGGCAAGAAUGCCAAAGGGAGCAAAAUCACAGGCAUCCAAACCAUGACUUCCCCGCCAGAUGUGCUGGAUGGUGAGGUAAAAGUCUUGGUUACCUCCAAUGAUUCCCGUGUGCGCAUCUACAACCUGCGUGACAAGGCGCUAGAGCUCAAGUUCAAGGGGCACGAAAACACGAGCAACCAAAUCCGUGCCAGCUUCAGCGACGAUGGCAACUAUGUCAUUUGUGGAAGCGAGGACAAGAGAGCAUUCAUUUGGUCGACAGGUCCUUCGCAGUCAGACAACAAAGAGAAGCGUCCGACUGAACAUUUCGAGGCCAAUUCUGCAAUCAUUACACAGGCCAUUUUUGCACCAACCGCUACCCGACAACUUUUGCAGGCUUCGCAAGAUCCCAUUUUCGCCUUGUGCAACCCGCCGCCCGUGACGCUGAUGAGCAGGGAAGAGGCGAAUAUGAGCCAGACCACGCUCGGCCAGGAAUCUGUCCCCGACAAAACAUUGGCGAUUAAGAAACCCAUGGAAACACCAGCUUUCAUUGCCCGGUCAAAACACCAUGAUGGCAAUGUCGUGGUAACGACAGAUCAUUCUGGCAUCAUCAAGGUCUUUCGUCAGGACUGCGCAUUCGCCAAGCGACGCCACGAUAGCUGGGAAGCCGGAUCUACCUUCUCGCGCCGAGUUGGCAAGGAUGGACUUUUGGGACGGAGUGGAAGCGUCAAGACGAGUACCAGCACUGGCACCAAAGAACCGGCCUCACGACGUGGAUCAAUAUCUCAAGCACCAUCUGGCCUUGGACCUGGAACCCCACAAUUUAGCUCUGAAAGAAUCAUGUCCUGGCGACAAGGAGUCGAAGGUAUCCCAUCGCGGCCGAGCUCCAUUGCGCUUGCUACCCCUGUUAGGAGUGAACGGUCCAUGAGCCCUGCCAAAGCACGCACUCCGAUUCCGUCAAACGCGCACAAUGCCGCUUCGGAAGCCCGGCGGCAGCCAUACGCUAGUUCUCUGGCAUCACCACCACUUCAGCCCACAAGUCCAUCAUCGAGCGUCAAGACAAGCGAUCAAGAUCGGCUUGACAGACCUCCUCCUCCGAGUUUCACAUUCAGAAGUGUGGAUGAGGAAGAUGAAGACAAGGAAGGCGGGCCCCAUGUUGAUCAUUCCGGCCCUACCCUUUCAUUCUGGAAUCUGAAUCGGUGGAAAGGCAUAGGCAGUACGCUGAAGGGAAAUGCUGGGGCCGGGACCUCUGAUCGGAGGGACAGCAAGACAAGUGAAUCGGGAGCGGCCAUGCUGACUCCAGUACCGGAAUCUGACGAUAGAAGGCGCAAGAGUUUAGGGUCUCGUGUGAUCCAACCACACUCGCACUCGAGUAGUCCCGAUAAGACUGAACAAUCCGGAAGGAGGAAGAGCAUGCCGUCCAAGGAUCUGCUAGCCCCACCAGGGGGGCGUCCUCACCGUGAUCGCCAGACGAGUGUUGUGAGUACCCUGACAAGCGAGGAAAUCAGCGAUCCCGAAACGAGUGAUCAGGGAAACCCACAGUGCUCCAAAUGCGGAAGUCGCGAGUUCAAGUCGAAAAAGGUUGCUGGUCAGCAGAAGCUUGUGUGCUCGUCAUGUGGCAGAAUCCAUGAUAACUAG